UUUGAGAAGAGUUUUAAGAGUGUAUUUAAAAAAUAUAAUUGAUUGAUUAAAUUUAGUCCUUAUUCUUUCACUAUAUAAUUCAAUCGCCAUUUCCAGUACCGCAUUACACACAGACUUCUCUACCUUCUCUUGUCCAUGGCGGAUUGCAUCUUCGAACAGCUCAAAUCUCAACCGCUAUGGCUUAUCAUUCCCAUAUCCCUGGGCCUCCUAUCCCUCCUCAAGCUCACACUUUCCAUUUUCAUAUGGGUCUACGUCAAUUUUCUCCGACCCGGUAAAAACCUCAAGAAAUACGGGUCGUGGGCUCUGGUAACGGGCCCCACGGACGGCAUAGGCAAGGCAUUCGCUUUCCAGCUAGCGAGAAAGGGGCUCAAUUUGAUUUUAGUCGGGCGAAACCCCAGUAAGCUGGAGGAAGUUUCCGGAUCCAUCAAAUCCAAGUACGGGUCCGUCCAGAUCAAGUCCGUGGUUGUGGAUUUCUCCGGGGACCUGAACGAUGGCGUUUCGAGGAUCAAGGAGGCUAUUCAGGGAGUGGACGUCGGAGUUUUGAUCAACAACGUGGGGGUGUCUUAUCCUUAUGCGAGGUUCUUUCAUGAAUUGGAUGAUAAAUUGCUGAGUGAUUUGAUUAAGGUAAAUAUUGAGGGGACAACGAAAGUCACCCAAGCUGUUUUGCCUGGGAUGGUGGAGAGAAAAAGAGGGGCUAUUGUGAAUAUUGGGUCAGGUGCUGCUAUUAUUAUCCCUGCUGAUCCGCUCUACUCUGUUUACGCUGCAACAAAAGCUUAUAUUGACCAGUUUUCGAGAUGCCUCUAUGUGGAGUACAAGAAGAGUGGGAUUGACGUGCAAUGCCAGGUGCCUUUGUAUGUUGCAACAAAAAUGGCAUCAAUUAGAAGGUCAUCCUUCUUUGUCCCAUCCGCUGAUGGCUAUGCGCGAGCCGCGUUACGUUGGAUAGGUUACGAGCCACGGUGCACACCAUAUUGGCCCCACUCGCUUUUGUGGACCCUAGCAAAUUCUUUGCCCGACUCGAUUAUCGAUGCCUGGCGUCUCAAAUUCUGCCUUGGCAUUAGGAAGAGAGGAAUGCUCAAGGACUCCAAAAAGACGGAAUAGGAUCUGAGUCUUGUUGUCAUUUUCAGUUUCUACUUUGCUAUUUUCUACAACUACUCAUUGGUGAGAUCUCCAUAGCUUAAACUUCAUCAUGUAGUAUUAGAGGGGCGAUUGUCGCUUUUCUUUGUUACACAUCUUCAACACUUCAAUUUUUUUAUAUAUUUCUAAAUUCGUAGCUUCAUCCUCCUUUUGAUGCAUGAAGUUACGAAGGCUUAUGAUAACCUUUAUGUGUAGCGUUGGACAUCAUGGUAUAUGUUGUUUCGUUUCGCAGCGCCGGGAUUGCUAAGCUCAUAAUUGAUGAUAUGCUUGAAUUUCAAAUAUUUUCAUUGAGUAAUGCUAUAAAGCCCACUUGGAUGACA